AUGCCUGAAAUGAAGAGAGUCCUUAUUUUUGGUGGAAAGACCGGAUGGAUUGGUCAAAUGAUGGGAGAGCUCGUCAAGAAGGAAGAGGGAAUUGAGCUCUUCAUUGCCGAUAGCCGAAUCCAAAACCGCGAAGCCGUCGCAAAGGAGCUUGACGAGAUAAAGCCAACGCACGUUUUGAAUGCUGCUGGAAUCACUGGACGCCCUAACAUUGAUUGGUGUGAAGACAACAAGCCAGCAACUAUGAGAACCAAUGUCAUCGGUACCUUGAACUUGGCUGAUCUAUGUGACGAACGUGGAAUCCAUUGCACUGUCUACGCCACUGGAUGUAUCUUUGUUUACGACGAAAAGCACCCUGAGGGCUCUGGUAUCGGAUUCACGGAGGAGGAUGCUCCCAACUUUGACGGAUCUUUCUACAGUCAAACUAAAGGAUACAUGGAACCCAUGUUGAAGGAAUACCCAACCUGUCUAAUAUUGAGAGUGCGUAUGCCUGUCUCUGACGACCUUUUCCACCGCAACUUUGUCACCAAGAUUGUCAAGUACGAGAAGGUUGUCAACAUCCCCAACUCCAUGACAAUUUUGACUGAAAUGCUGCCAGCGUCCUUGGCCAUGGCAAAGAAGGGAUUGACCGGUGUCUACAACUUCACCAACCCCGGAGUUAUCUCUCACAACCAAGUAUUGGAUCUCUACACAAAGUACAUUGACCCAUCGUACACUUACACCAACUUCACAAUUGAGGAACAAGCCAAGGUCAUCAAGGCACCGCGCUCCAACAACGAGCUUGACACCACAAAGCUCAUGAGAGAUAUGCCAGAAGGAAUUGUCAUUAAUGAUAUCCACACUGCCUACGAGCUCUGCUUUCAAAGAAUGAAGGAAAAUUUGACCAAGAUGGGAUGGCUUCCCGACAAUAUGCCUGCCGAAUUCAAGAAAAACAAAUAA